AUGGCCGAGGAACAGAAGAACAUCGGUCUCCCCCAGGAGACCAAGCCCGAGACCACUGGCAUCUCCGCCCCUGCUGUCGAGGCUCCCGCUGAGACCAAGCCUGUCGAGGAGACACCCGUUGUCGCCGCCGAGACCGCUCCCGCUACCGAGGAGAAGCCCGUUGAGGAGACCAAGCCCGUUGAGGAGGCUGCUAAGACCGAGGAGGAGAAGAAGGAGGAGGAGGCCAAGCCUGUCGAGGAGGGUCACCUGAACCACAAGGCCCAGGGCCUGAGCUUCCCCAAGAGCAAGACGCUAACCGCACACCCCUGCAGGAACCUCAUCCCUACCAAGGAGUUCUUCUUCUUCGGCACUGAGGCCGUUGAGCCCAAGACUCUCUCCCACUACCUGAAGAGCGAGAAGUCCGCUGAGACUGCUCACUCUAACAUCGCCUGGGCCUCUGAGACUGGCAAGGGUCUUCUCUUCGUUGGUGACAAGAAGAACCCCUCUGGUGUCAUCAGCCUGGCUGAUGCCACUGAGCCCGAGAUCGACGGCUCUAACAAGUUCCACCUCACUGCCAAGGGCAACAAGCACACCUUCAAGGCUUCCAACACUGCUGAGCGUGACAACUGGGUUGCUCAGCUGAAGCUCAAGAUUGCUGAGGCCAAGGAGCUUGCCUCCAUUGUUACUGAGUCUGAGACCUACAAGGCCACCCUGGAGAGCUUCAAGCCCGCCAAGAAGGAGGAGAAGGCUGUUGAGGCCCCUAAGGAGGAGACCGCUGCCGUCCCUGCUACCGAAGAGGCCGCUCCCGUCGCUGAGGAGGCCGCUAAGGAGGAGGAGAUCAAGGACGAGCGCAAGAAGGACGUCAAGUCUGAGGAGCCCAAGCGCCGAUCUGCUAGCCGCAAGCGAACAUCUUUCUUCGGCUUCGGCAAGAAGGAGGAGGCUAAGAAGGAGGAGGUCAAGAAGGAGGCCGAGACCAAGAACGCUGACGAGGUCGCCGUUGAGACCCCUGCUGCUGAGACCCCCGCUGUUGAGGAGGCCCCUAAGAUUGAGGAGCCUGCCAAGCCCGUCGAGGAGCUUCCCGUCGUUGCCCCCGUCGCUGUCGAGGAGCCUGCUAAGGCUGCUGAGGAGACCCCCGCUGAGGCUGUCCCUGCCACCACCGAGGAGAAGCCCCUCGAGAGCCCCAAGGAGAAGCCCACCGCCACCAAGCGCAACAGCUUCUUCGGCAACGUCUUCUCCAAGAAGGAGAAGAAGACCCCUGAGCUCAAGCCUACUGAGCCUGAGGCUCCCAAGGAUGCCGCUGAGGCCGAGACCACUGCUCCUGUGAUCCCUCCUGUUGAGGCCACCACUCCUCUUGCCGUCGAUGUCUCUAACCCCGCCACUGUCCCUACUGAGACCACUGAGGCCGCCGCCGCUACCUCCCCCGCCCCUGAGGCCAAGAAGGACCUCAAGGAGAAGCGCAAGUCUUCUCUUCCUUUCGCUUUCGGCAAGCGUGACAAGUCUCCUGCCCCCGUUGAGGGUGAGAAGAAGGAGUCCCCCUUCUCCAAGCUCCGCAACACCAUCCGUGGCAAGUCUCCCAAGCCCGCUGAGAAGCGUGAGGAGAACAAGGAGGAGACUGUCCAGGAGGAGCCCACCGAGGUCAAGGCCGAGGAGCCCAAGACCGAGGAGGUCCCCAAGGUCGAGGAGCCUGCUGAGGCUGAGAAGCCCAAGGACGCUGCCCCUGCUCCCGUUGUCACCGCCGCCGCCUAG